AUGGCGGUAUGGGUCAUCAUGACCAAGUUCGUGAAAAGGUGGGAGCAUCUUAAUGGUGCUGGGCUUGAUUUCAUAAUGGGCGGCGUAAUGCAAGUUGGUGAAGCAUAUGCUGUGGGAGGGAAGUGCUCCCUUACUUGUACGGCAUUUAAUAUGGCCAUUGUUAUUGCUAGAUCGGCUUUCAAACUGAUUAAGUGCCUUGAAGGUGAUCUAUGGGCUAUUUAUAAAGGCAUUAUAGUGCUUUUACAAAGAGGAUGGAACAAAAUCAUUAUUGAGACCGACACUAUGCAAGUUGUGAAGUUGUUGGAGAAGGAGACAGAGGCAAACUCUCCAUACAAAGGCAUCAUAGAAGAUGCCAAGAUCAUUAUGCGAGGAUGUAAGUGUACUGUACAACAUGUGUUCAAGAAGGGUAAUCUUUGUGCUAAUGCACUCGCAAAGUUUGGAGCUGAGCAACCAGAGGAUAUUCUGGUGGUGAAUAAGCCACUAGUUGAGAUUAGGAGGUUACUCAUUGUAGACAUUGUUAGCAGAUCAAGGGAAACGGCUUAG